AUGGACGGAUUGUCCGAUGGCAGCUCUGUUAGCCCAGAGCCGCAUUCGUCUUCGAAGCAGCCUGUGCGGAGAGCGAGCAAGGCUUGCCUUGCAUGCAGAGCUAGAAAGGUCAGAUGUGAUGUGACGAUACGAUCACCAUGCGGCAACUGCCAGUGGAAUGGGCAGCAAUGUGUUACACACGCUCGUCGAGCUAGGAGACGGCGGAAGAGGCAAACACAAAGCACAACCUCGACCGAGUUGAAUACUAUCAAGGAGGCUGUUAUGAAAGAUGGCGGCUGCGAUCUGCUGGAAGAGUUUGACAUCGACACUUCAGAAGUCCCCAUCUCCAUGGAAGACUUGGAGCUUCUAAGAGCAGACAUCGAUUCCGACAAAUCCCCACAAGAUUCGCCAUCAGACGACGCCCAGACUUUUGAUCUGCCAAAGUAUGUCAGGCCAUUGACAAGUCUGCCGCCGGACGAUAUGACCUAUCUGCACAACGAAGGCGCCUUUGAUCUUCCAGACGGCACGCUUCAGAGCGCACUACUCCGCGCCUUCUUCGAAUACGUGCAUCCGUAUGUGCCAACUCUUGAUUUGGAUGGCUUUUUACACGCCAUAGAAACACACGAUGGGUCAGCGGGCCAGGUGAGCUUGUUGUUGCUUCAAGCUGUCCUGGCAGCGGGCACGGCACACGUAGAGCUGGAUUAUCUCAGAAAUGCUGGAUUCCAGACGCGAAAGCAGGCUCGUACAACUUUUAUGAAGAGAGUCAGGCUCUUGUACAAGUACAACUGCGAGCUGGAUCAAAUGGUCCUCACACAAUCGCUGCUCCUCAUCACCUCAUGGCAAGACGCUUCAGAUGAGCAUGGAAAGACGUGGUUUUGGAUUGAUGCCGCCGUAUCUCACGCCUUUGCAGCAGGACUGCACCUAGAGCCGUCAGUAAACAAGCCCAACCUGUCAAAGCGGAAGCAGAGGCUUCGUCGCCGCGUCUGGUGGUGCUGCUUCAUCCGCGACCGCCUCCUAUCGCUGGGCAUGAAGCGCCUCCCACGAAUCAAGGAUGGCGACUUCCAGGUCUCCAUGCUCGAGGAGGCCGACUUCCAGCCGGAGCAGAUUCGGAGCGACGACGACCACGCCAAGUUCGAGGCCGUGUGCGUCUACGUCAAGAGCCGCAAGAAGCGCGCUGAGCUGGCACGCAUGUGCGUCGCACAGGCGACACUCUGCAGGUCGAUGAGCUUCCUGUCGAGCAGCAUGUACAUUGCGCCCCACGACAACUUCUCCAACUUUUCCGAGACGCGCAAGAUUACGGCCGAGGGCGAGCAGAAGUUCACCACGUAUAUGCGAGACCUGCUGGAGUGGAGGGAUGGCUUGCCGGAGAGUGUCUCAUACAGACCCAUCUCGAACAGCGACAUAGGCAAGGAUGGGAAUACCAGCAUAUCAUUGGACCGCGCUGUCUUGCACAUGAUUUACUACACGGCAGUGCUGUGCCUUUAUCGCUCGAGGUUCAUGGCACUGAUUAACGACGCGGGUGCAUCCACCAUGGAGAAGGAAAUGUGCAAGAUGCACAUGCAGCAUUCGGCCAAGAGGAUCGAAGAAAUCUCCAACAACAUAUACGACCAUGGCCUCGAUCGAUUGCUUCCCAGCAUGGCAGCGAACAUUGCAGUGUCCGCCGCAAGCGUAUACAUGCUGGAGCAAAAGGGCCAGCUUCAAGGCUGUGCAACGGAGCAGGGCUAUCGCCAGAGCAUGAGGCUAAUGCAGUCGAUGCACGACACAUAUGCAGGUGCUGAUUUGGCGAGGGCCUCUCUAGAGUGGGAUAAGGAGGAGAAGAUGGAGGAACAAAAGGGAGAGGCCAAUAAGGCAGACGAGGAUUAUCUCGUGGUUGACCAAGAUUGGCUGAAGGACUUGGAGGCUGCGACAUGUUGGUACGUGGCUGAACCUUUCCGCGCGGAUAGCUUUUUACAACAUGCGGGAGAGGGACUGGACGUGUUUAACGAUUUUUUUGUUUGUUAAGAGGGUCUAUGGGAUUUACGAAGGUUACUUUUGGAGUACUGGCUACUGUUUACUGCUGAUGAUGGUAAACCUGGGAUGGG